UAUUUCGGGCCAAUCAAUAGGAGUGAAGCGACGACUAUAUUGAUGUCUGAGAACGAGACGGGAGUCUUCUUAGUGAGGAAUAGCACCACAAUUGUCGGCGAUCUGGUCCUGUGUGUGAGGUCUAGUCAAACGCUACACUCAUUUGUUGAUGACAUGCAUUCAUUCAUUUGCUUACUUCCCAACAGAGAGGACAAUAAAGUGAGUCAUUAUAUCAUCAAUAAGAUCCAGCCGUCGGCAGAUCAGACCCGGUUUAGAAUCGGCGAUCAGAUGUUUCCGGACGUUCCGGCGCUCCUCAACUUCUAUAAACUUCAUUAUUUGGACACAACUCCACUCAUUAGACCCGCGUCCAAACGGGUGGAGAAAGUGAGGGCUCGCUAUGACUUUGAAGGAAGCGGUGAUUCCGAUGACCUGCCCUUCAGGAAGAAUGAAGUGCUGACAGUGAUAUCGAAAGACGAGGAUCAGUGGUGGACCGCACGUAAUAGUUUAGGACAAACCGGGUCUAUACCCGUGCCAUACGUCGAACUGAUGGACGAAAGCAAUCACUCAAUGGAUGGGCCAAUGAAUGUUCGGUCGCCGUCGUUGGAAACGAAUGCAAACAAUUCCUGCAAUACUAGUCAAACAAAUGCCAUUUCGAGGACAUCGGAACCCACCAAAUAUAUAACACCCCCUAAUAUUCACAUUCAACGCAAACUACCGGCGCGUGCGGUCGUCAACAAACAGCGAAUACCCAACGCUUACGAUAAAACUGCACUCAAAUUAGAGAAGGGAGACAUUAUAAUAGUGACGAAGACUAAUAUUAACGGCCAAUGGGAGGGCGAGUUGAAUGGAAAGGUCGGUCACUUCCCGUUCACUCACGUGGACUUCAUGGACACCGACACUAUCGAUGAUGACAAUCAUUGA